GGGUUUAAAUGGACUGAGGACAGAGAGAGGGAGAAACAGAGUCACAGCCUUUCAGAGGCAUGGAAAAGACAAACGAUAACAGAAGGAAAAACGCGAUAAAGGGAGAGUAAUUUUUUUUUAUUAUUAUUUAAUCUUAUUUGGCCUUAAAGAGAAGGAAAGUUGACGUGCCGGAAAUAAAUUGACACACAGUAGAAGAUACAGCUAGCUCCUCGUCCUAGGGGAGUUUGAACCAUGGAAUCUCCACAUCUGCGGAAUUCACUCCACCAUGCUCCCUGCUAGUUUUCUACAGAUGGUCGUGCUGUGUGCUCGGGUCCUGCUGGCUGGUGAAGCCAGCUUGUACUCUGAAGGAGGGAGGAGAGCGUCACCGAGUGCAAGUCGGAAGGAAGGUGCCUCCCGCUCGUCACCUGAUCCGGAGCUGGUCCACACCCUCCGCCGGACUCUGCUGAGCAGGUUCGGCCUGAGCCGUCUCCCCAAGCCCAGCUCUGCCGCUAUCAUCCCUCAGUACAUGCGUGACCUGUACCACUUUCACACCGGCGCUUACGAUAACAUCCAGGAUUCCAGCUUCACCUUCUCGGAGAGACACACGCGGGACGCCAACACGGUCCGCAGCUUCCAUCACCUGGAAUACUUCCAGGAGGUCCCCCAUUCCAAGGGAGGAAAUUUCCACCAGAUUGUCUUCAACCUGACCAACAUUCCAGACCACGAGCAAGUCACUUCGGCCGAGCUGCGUUUAUUCAGGGAAGCCAACGGUGGAGCACGUGCUGGGCUGGAAGCGGUGGCCGUGUAUGAGCUCUUGGGGCCCCUGGGCAGCAGGAUGGGGCGGCGGCUGCUGGGGAGGCGGCUUUUGCCCACCAACCAGACCCAGUGGGAGAGCUUCGACGUGGGAUCGGCUGUGGAAAACUCCAGGAGGGGGCGCGUGGGCCUGGUCGCGUUCCUGAUCGAGCUGUGCCGAGGCGAGCCGCCGCCCGGUCAGCUGAGGGUCAGCAGGUCGCUGCCGGGGGAGGCGGGCGGCUGGCCGCGCCAGAGGCCGCUUCUGGUCACCUACGGCCGGGACGGCAGCGGGAGGGCCCUGGGCUCCAGGGGCAAGCGGCACGGCGGGAGGCAGAGGGCGCGGCAGAGGAGCCGGGGGCGAAACCGCUGCCGGAGGCGGCCGCUCUACGUGGACUUCGAGAGGGUGGGCUGGACAGAGUGGAUCAUUGCUCCCCGCGGCUACAAUGCCUUCUACUGCCAGGGGGAGUGCCGCUUCCCCUUGGCAGACCACAUGAACUCCUCCAGCCAUGCCAUCGUGCAGACACUGGUGAACUCCGUCAACGUGAACAUUCCCAAGGCUUGCUGUGUGCCCACCGAGCUGAGCCCUGUCGCCAUGCUCUACUUGGACGACAACGAGAGGGUGGUCCUUAAGAAUUACCAGGAGAUGGCUGUCGAAGGCUGUGGGUGCCGCUGAGAAUCCCACCUCGAGGACAGGGGUCUUCAUCUUUCUUUUUUAAUUCCCUCGAGUAAAACGAGAUGAACUCUGCCACCAGAACGCUGAGACUUUUGUGGCCUUCGGAGAGGUUUACGUAGGAGGACGUUCAUCCAGAGCACUCCCUCUCAGUAACACCUCGCCUCACAGGAGUCUCCAUGUUCUUGCCAGAAUGGGGAAUCACUCCUUGCCUCCAAGAUGAGUCCGCAGCUUGGCUGCAUCUUUCCCCAUUGCAGGACGGACUUGCAUUUAUAUAGCGCCUCUCAUGACCUCGGGACAUCCCGAAGCACUUUUCAGCCAAUUAAGUAUUUUUCAAAAGUGCAAUCACGGGUGCGAUCACGACAGCCAAAAAAAUGUGCACGGCAAGAUCCCACAAACGCCAGUGCGAUUUUUGGCCAAGAUAAUCUUUCUUUGUCGAUUGAGGGAUAAAUGUUGGCCCAGAACACCGGGAUGAACACCACCCCACCCCCCCACCACCCCUCAACCAACCCCCAAUCCAAGAUCUUUUUUGGAAUAGUGGCUAUGGGGUCUUUUUACGUCCACCUGAGAGGGCAGACAGGGCCUCGGCUUAACGUUUCAUCCGAAAGAUGACACCUCCGACAGUGCUGCAAUCCCUCAGUACUGCACUGAAAGUGUCAGCCUGAAUUUUGUGCUCAAGUCAAUGGACUAGGUGAAUGCCAGAAAUUAAAAAUGCUUGUGUUGCUUUUAAAAUAAAUAAGGAAUUGACUGCACAUUCA